AUGCUUCCCUCCUCACCAUCAUUCCUAUCCUCGUUUGACCCCGCCCUUCACCUCCACUCCGAAGGUCCUGACAACAUAAACCCACCGUCUGAAUCAUUCUCCGACGAUCUCGAGGCAAUCCACCUGCACCGCCGCGAACAAACCCGCAACCGAGUUGUGAUUCAACAUCGAGCGUGGGAUCUGUCUGAUGUGUUUCGUAGCGAAGACGACAUACGACCUGUAGAUACGCCGACGAAGAACGUUACGACCCCGAGACCAUUUUCUCGCACUCCUACUCAAAAUCUCUCUUUUAUCCCAUCAUCGCCGCCUGUUUCGAGAAUGCCGUUCAUAGCCUCUCCGGGCGCGCUUGCACCCACAUCUGGCAAUGCGACCAACGAUUCACAGAAGAGGAAAGUCACAAAUGCAGAGGGAGGUGUGCAGCCGACAGAGCCGAAGCGCCAGCGCAUGGUUGGAGGCUUCGUUGAUGACGAUGACGAUGACGAAGAAGACGACCUCGCUGCUUUCCGGGACGAGCAGCUGAAGGAUCAAUAUGACCUGCCGGAGCACUUCUUCCAGGAGCCUCCGGCGCAACUCCCUAGUAUACUGGCACCCCCACCGGUAUCUACGAAAUUGAACGAGACGACCAAUCAUACACCUAGCUCUUCCCGAACACUAUUACAAUUGACACCUCGACCUGCGCCAACGGCCCCCAAGAGGUUCCAGAUCAAAACCUGUGCUGGCAAGACCCAUAAUGUCCCACAAAAGAAGGUCCAGGCGCCCGUUUCCUACAAACAAAUGAUCGCCAGUCGGUCCGAGACAGAACCUGGAAAGGCGACGAAGAGCUAUUACGGUAUCGACAUUCACAAAUUGCUGGACGAUGCCGCCAAGGACAAAAAGCCCACGAGCACAGUCCCUCAACCCCGAGUCCAACAAACCAUUGAACCGAACAACGUGAGCGCAAAACAGAAGAAGAUGGACUCUGCAAUGUGGACAGAGAAAUACCGUGCUCGCAAAUUCACUGAUCUCAUUGGCGAUGAACGCACCCAUCGAUCAGUCUUGCGCUGGUUGAAGGGGUGGGAGUCAAUUGUGUUCCCUGGUCUAGCCAAGUCUCGGCCGAAGAAGCCUGCCCAGGAGGAUGAAGAAGAAGAGUACAUUCAUCGAAAGGUUCUCUUAUUGAGUGGCCCUCCCGGACUUGGAAAGACGACAUUAGCGCAUGUAUGUGCCAGACAGGCUGGCUUUGAAGUACUUGAAAUCAAUGCAAGUGAUGACCGCAGCAGGGAUGUGGUCAAAGGCCGCAUUCGUGAUGCAUUAGGAACCGAGAACGUUAAAGGUAUGAACGUCGAGGUCGGUGAUAAAAAAGUCCGCCGUGCCGGUAAACCCGUAUGUGUCGUGGUGGACGAAGUUGACGGUGUCACUGGUGGUUCUGGAAGUGGUGGUGAGGGUGGUUUCAUGAAGGCGCUCAUUGACCUUGUUUUGCUUGACCAACGGAACGCGAAAUUGUCCUCCGAGGGCAAUAAUGGCAAGAAGCGCAAGGGUGACAACUUCCGAUUCAUGCGGCCGUUGAUUUUGGUUUGCAAUGACCUCUAUCACAGCAGUCUCCGGCCCCUCAGGGCAUCGUCCAUUGCAGAGAUGAUCAAUGUCCGCCAAGCACCAUUGGAGAAUGUUGUUCAACGAGUCAAGGUUAUAUUCGGCCGCGAAGGCAUCCCCUGCGACAGUGAUGGGGCUCGAAGGCUCUGUGAAGCAGCCUGGGGUAUGGCGAGCAGAAAAAAGCGCAGUGGUAAAACCCAAGGGUCUGCCGAGGGCGAUAUUCGUAGCGUGCUUGUUGCCGCGGAAUUUGUGGCGCACAAGCUUCGAAACGAGUCGUUGCCAUCCUCGCUCAGACUGACGAGGAACUGGCUGGAGAACCGAGUCCUCAAUGCAUCGGCUGAGGGUAGCGCGUUCUUCAAAGAGCUAAGCCGUGGGGGUGUUCGUGAGAUUGUGAACCGUGUAUUCACAGAGGGAGCUGGCUUUUCAGAUGCUCCCGUUGGCAUGAGUUUCCAAGAUCGCUUUGAUACCACCAAUAGCCGUGUUCCUGUCGGCGUGGCGGAUCUGCGCAAGCGACAUGCAAUCAAUCGAUUGCGGGAAAUGAUCGAUUCUAGCGGUGAUCAUGACCGCUGUGUAUCGGAGUGCUUCGCUUCAUAUCCCAUCCAGCAAUAUCAGGAUGAUAAUUAUUUCUCCAAACCUAACGCCGCCCACGACUGGCUUCAUUUCCAUGACUCAAUUAGUUCGAAAGUCCAUUCAUCUCAAGAGUGGGAACUGAUUCCAUACCUCAGCCAGUCAGUUGUCGCAUUCCAUCAUCUAUUUGCUACGGCUACUGGCAGAACCACCGAUGAUGACAAGAACGAUGAUGACGAGGAUGCCGAAGAGCCCCACCCUUUCUCAGGACCUAAAGCCGACUUUGCUGCCUUUGAAGCACAGAAGCAGAACCGUGCGGCCAUGACUGCAUUCCACGCCUCCUUCUCGGCACCUAUGGCUCGCAUAUUCCGGUCGAACGAAAGUAUUAUUACAGAUCUAGUCCCUUACUUGAUCCGCAUGCUAUCACCAGACGUCAAGCCGGUCAUCAUUCGUGGAAACGGAGAGCAGCGAAGCACUGCUACCGUCCGCAAAGAGUCCGAACGUGCGCUUGUCCAGUCUACCGUGCGUGUUAUGACCGGAAUGGGCGUCACCUUUGAAAGAGUCCGAGUGGAACAUGAGGGAAACCACGGUGGAUGGGCAUAUAGAAUGGAACCACCAAUCGACUCACUUGUGGUCUUCUCGAAGAUCAAAGGUAGUACCAUCGAGGCUUCGGGUGGUACAGCGCCGGUACGGUAUGCCGUCCGCCAGGUUUUAGACCAAGAGUAUCGCAAGGCGACAACGCGCAAGCAGUCUGAUGCUGUGAGCGCAGCUAGACUGGGCACCAAGGGUCCUAGGACUUCCGAUGAGACGGCCGCUGCCAAAGCAAUCAGAGACGCGGCUGUCAAACGUGACUUCUUUGGUCGGCUGGUUGAGCAGCCUGUGCCACUGCCUAAUGAUCCAAACACCGCAGAUAGCUGGGUUGAUGAAUCGUCCAAGGCUGGACGGAAAGUCUGGGUUACUUUCCACGAAGGCUUCUCGAAUGCGGUCCGGAAACCCAUAUCUUUGGGAGAGUUGAUGGCUGGGUUGUAA